AUGUUCUGGGACUUUCACGUCGUUCCCCCCGAGUCCAUCCAUGCCUUGAUGUUUCUCUUCAGUGACCGCGGCACUCCUGCGUCUUUGCGCUCCGUCAAAGGUUACAGUGGUCACACCUACAAGUUUACGAAGAAGGACGGCUCCUACCACUAUGUCACCACCUCCCGGAAGCCAAGUGCUUCCCCAGUCUUCGCCCAUGGUCUCUGCUCCAACGACAGGGACUUGGACAAGUUCGAGGCCAGGCCCGUUACACCGCCACGGCCACAGGACUCAACGCAGGCGAGGCGCAGACGCGACGAGGAGCGAACGAGACCGAGCGCUACUACUCAGCGUCAGGGCCAGUCGAUUCAACGUCAGCGUCAGUCGACUGCGGCGGAUGAACCGCUGAACGUCGCUGCCGGCGAGAUCUACGUCUACGUCAAUGAGUGA